UUUUAAAGUUUCCAAACAAGCUUCAUACAGCUCUCAAAUUAAUUACCAAAAACGCUUCUCCGCUGCAUAUAGCAAUGGAUGUGGUCGCAAGUAUGGUUGCAGACAGGCCAAUGGUAAUCUUCAGCCGGUCCACUUGUUGCAUGAGCCACACCAUCAAGACUCUCAUCGGUGACUUCGGGGCGAACCCAACAGUUUACGAGCUCGACAAGAUUCCAAACGGGAAACAAGUCGAAAGGGCACUGCAACAGAUGGGGUGCAAUCCCAGUGUUCCAGCUGUUUUUGUAGGCCAGCAGCUCAUUGGAGGAGCUAACCAAAUCAUGUCCCUCCAACUCAGGAACCAGCUUGCCCCAUUGCUCAUAAGGGCUGGAGCUAUAUGGAUUUGAAAGAUAAACUUCCAUUAACACAAAUAAAUUGAUAAAUGUCUUUGUUCUCUGUGUUUGUGUCACUGUCGUCUGUCUACAUAAUUUUGUUUAGAGUCCUUGUACACCAUUUUGGGGCUGA